UUAAUAAAUAUGAACCCCUUGGCAAAAAAUAAGUUAGAAAUGCAUUUCUUCCGUAGAUCACCAAAAAUAUGAUAACAUUUAAUGAAAUUCCAGGUUAAAGCCCCUCAGGCUUAUGUUAAAAAUAACAACAGGGGCCUGUUUAGGAUAUUAUCGGGUAUUGGAGAACUAUACUGAGCAUGCUAUUGGUACAGAGAAAACCACAUAUUUCAAUCAAUUCUCUGCAAAAACUGAUGAGAUGCAACGUAACUACGGAUCAGAGGAUACAGAAGAAGCAGUUUCAACUACUGACAAUCCCACUACACCUUUUCCGACUCCACCAACAUCGAUCAUAUCUCCGCGAUCGCCUAUACCUCUCCACAGACAAGCUUCACCUUUUCCGUUGGAAAGCAUUAACCAGCCCAGACGAAUUAACUAUCAAUCGGAUCGGCUUAGAAACGUCACUGUUCCAGGGGAGGUUAUAUAUGCGAGCGGCAACAAAAAGGCGACAUCAAACAACGUCGUCGCGUCGACUUUGGGCCGUAAUUCUGGCACAGCAGCCGGAAGGCGGCAUAGAAUGGCCGGCAUGACGUCAAGUAGCAGCGCCACUUCCUGCAAUAGUAGCAACGGCAAUGACAAUAUUAUGCAACCGAACGGUGAUGUGCCGUACCAUCAUGUCGAGCAGCAUACCAGGAGACUAAGCAAUGAUGUUUCGGAAGAUUCACCACCAGAACCGGCCCCACCUGAGAUACCACCCCGUGGUGGUUCUUUACACUUAUCAACAUUACGAAGAAAAGCUGAGUUCCAAAUUCUAAGUAACGGUGAAGUGUUAUCCUGCGAAGAUGUGCCCUAUCGCCAAGCUGACUAUGUACUUGGCGGAAGCCCCAGGGCGUCUGUGUUUCCUGUCAGAUCACCGAUGGCUCCUCAACCUGCGAAUGCAAAUAACCAACACAGAAUGGCAACUCUUCAGCAGACCCAGCUCGCCCAAAGUCUUCAACAGCCUGGUGGCCAAACGAACACCCUUACUGCGCAGGUGGCUAACCAACCGUCCGCGCCGAUGAUGGUACCUGUGUUUCCCAUCCGACCUGCCCCACCACCUUCGUCGUCACAUUAUUCUCCCUAUUCACCGUCCAGGUUUCAUAUCGAUAAGAGAUGCCAGUACCGGUGCUCAUGGAAAUGCUCAAGUAUUGGGCUCAUUUUGCUGACUGUACUGCUCACUGGAAUGCUUACUUAUUUUGCUGCCGUCAGCUCAAUGAAAUCAAAUAUAGAUACGUCAAAUUGCAUACUAGUGCAGGAUGUAAAAGAUGGGGCGACACAAGGUCAGAUGACUAUGGGCUCAGAAUCAACGCAAACAUCUACGGAAGAAUCUCUUCCAACAAGUACUGCUGAGCAUUCAAGUGCCACCACUCAACACAGCUCUUUACUACAGUCAGCUCAGCAACAACAGCAAUGGUCUCCUUUACCACUAGAACAAAGAGAGUUAGAUAUUUUGCAUACAGCUAUCAUUCCUCCGUAUCAGUUCUGGCAUUCCGAGUUUCGAAACAAGCAACCAGCCUUCUUCAGAUUUAAUUUUACAUUGCCGUGGGGUGCCAACUUUGCGGUAUAUGGUAGACGAAAUGUGGCUCCCAGCAUAACUCAGUAUGAUUUUGUGAAAUUUGUCAAAGGAGGUAGAGUGGAUCAUCGCUUAAAGAAACGUGAUGUUUCUAGCCACGAUGUUCAAACCGAAGUCCCAGAGGAUCUUCGUAAACUUCCUAAACUCAAACUAUUCCCAGAAAGUAGAAACUCAUAUAAAAGCGAUGUGUUGGACAGCAUUUCGAAUUCGUAUGAGGGAACGAGAAAAAUAUUAGCGGAUUCGGAACCAAGAGGACCCUACUAUGUGCCUCCUAAUAUUAAAAUUGAUUAUAUAAAAGAGGUGGCAGAUUCUCCUACAAAGAUGACCGAUAUUCCACAUCCGAAAACUAAUUUUGAUAUUCCAGACGACGAAAAGCACAUGAUCAGUAAAAGGGAUGCCGGUUUGCCUGAAUUUGCAGAUUCGAUGAUGGUGAACGUCAGCUUGCUGCAAUAUCUCGACACGGGCCGCUGGUUCCUCUCUGUGUACAACGACGAGUUGCAACCGUAUUCUGUUUCUCUUGUCAUUUCUGAGGCGGAAGGAGUGAGCCCUACUUGCCCCAACGAUUGUUCCGGCAGGGGAUCCUGCUAUCUCGGCAAAUGCGACUGCAUUGACGGUUUUCAAGGAAUUGAUUGUUCGAAAAGUGUCUGUCCGGUUUUAUGCUCCGGCCACGGUCAAUACGGUGGCGGCAUCUGUCACUGCGAGGAGGGCUGGAAAGGGCCCGAAUGCGAUAUCCCUGAGGGCGAUUGUCGCAUUGCCGACUGUUCCGGUCACGGGAAAUGCGUCCGUGGCUUCUGCCAGUGUAAGCCCGGAUGGAAAGGUGAAAGCUGUGAAGAAACCGACUGCAAUGAUCCAACUUGCUCUGAGCAUGGCGCUUGCGUGCACGGUCAAUGCUACUGCAAAGCGGGAUGGAAAGGUGUUAAUUGUGAUGUUAUCGAUGAGCAAGUGCAUAAGUGUUUGCCGUCUUGCUCUGAGCAUGGUAUUUAUGAUUUGGAAUCUGCAAAGUGUGUAUGUAAUAGACAUUGGACCGGAUCGGAUUGUUCACAACCCCUUUGUAACCUGGACUGCGGUGAUCACGGACAUUGUGAACUAGGCAAAUGUAAGUGUGAUAUAGGCUGGACAGGUCUCCGCUGUGAACAGCUGCCCUGUGAUACCAGAUGCCAAGAACAUGGCCAAUGUAAAAAUGGAACAUGCGUGUGCUCUCAAGGAUGGAAUGGACGACAUUGUACUUUACCUGGAUGCGAAAAUGCAUGCUCCGGACAUGGGCAGUGCACACUCGAAGAAGGACAAUACAAAUGCGUUUGUAUCGAUGGAUGGGCCGGAUUCGAUUGCAGCAUUCGACUAGAAUCGGAAUGUCAAGAUGAUACUGAUGAUGAUCACGAUGGCAUGAUGGACUGUUCAGAUAGUGAAUGCUGCUCCCAUCCAGCAUGUACCGAUCACAUAAUGUGCAUUUCCAGUAAUGACCCAGUAGAGGUACUUCUUCGCAAGCAACCACCCUCAGUGACCGCUUCUUUUUACCAAAGGGUAAAAUUCCUUAUUGAAGAAAACUCCGUACAAUCCUACGCGCAUCUCGACGAGUACACCGAAAGCGAGUUCUGGAACUCCUUUACACCGCGUCGAGUAGCAGUUAUGAGAGGCCAAGUAAUAUCACCUCAAGGACUCGGUAUAGUGGGCAUACGAGUAGCUGUAGAUAAGGAGUCCAAGUUUGGCUUUACUCUAACUAGACCGGGAGGAUGGUUUGACGUAUUGGUAAAUGGUGGAGGAGCCGUAACACUUCAAUUUCAAAGAUCUCCAUUUAAGCCCAAGACGAUUACAGUAUAUGUUCCAUGGAAUCAAAUAAUUGUUUUACCGCCGAUUCAUAUGCAGCUUGCAGAGGAUAGCGAAAGUCAUCAUCUGAUAACUCGCAGCCCGGCGUUAUACUUCCCAGGCGUAUCGAGGUCAUUCUUCGAUUCGGACGGGUCGUUGCCCAACGUCUGCGAGGACCACGAUCCAGAGACGCUACGCCCAAUCAUAACUGGCACGUGGAUGCCGGAAGCGGUUGGCGGGAUGCAGGGCAGGAGUGCCAUUUUUGCCGAGACUCAGAUUGUGCAGGAAUCUAUUCCGAUUCCAGGCUCCAAUUUGAACAUUCUUUACCAAAGUUCACAAGCCUUAGGGUAUCUGACCACUAUCGAAAUGAAACUAACAGGCAGUAAGAUACCGAGUACACUUACUCACGUGCAUGUACGUGUAGAAAUAGAAGGCUGCCUCUAUGUGAAAACUUAUGAGGCCGAUCCGGACUUAUAUCAUACCUUUGCAUGGAACAAAAGGAAUAUCUACAAGCAGAAAGUUUAUGGAACUGCUACUGCUAAGGUGUCUAUCGGAUAUCAAUUCUCCAACUGUCAAGAUUUAGUGUGGAUUACCCAAACUACAGAAAUGAAAGGAUUCGAUGUAGAUAUUUCGGAUAUCGGCGCUUGGGGAUUAGAUAUUCAUCACCAUUAUAAUUUUUAUGAAGGGAUAUUGCAAAAGGGAGACGGUUCCACUUUGCAUUUUAAGAAAUAUCCGCGCAUGGUAAAAGUAGUAAUGGGCACGGGUCUACAACGCAGCGUAGAUUGUCCAGGACAAUGUGGAGGUCCAGCCAAAGAUGCCCGCCUCCUAACUCCUGGAUCUCUAGCGAGUGGUCCAGAUGGCAGCGUUUACGUAGGAGACUUUAAUUUAGUCCGCAGGAUUACGCCAGAAGGCAAUGUUUAUACUAUUUUACAGUUAAGGACAACGCAAGUUGCAUACAAAUACUACUUAGCCAUAUCCCCCGCUGAUGGUCACCUCUACGUUUCGGAUCCAGAAAGACAUCAAAUUCUAAAAGUUCUUUCAUUGGAGCCUGUUCAAGAUCCAACUAUUAAUAGUGAGCCUAUUGUCGGUAAUGGCGAACGGUGUAUCCCAGGUGACGAUACAGCCUGUGGCGAUGAAGGUCCAGCAAAGCAAGCUCGAUUAGCCCAUCCAAAAGGGAUAGCAAUAGCUGUAGAUGGUACCAUGUACAUUGCUGAUGGUACUAACAUUAGAGCGGUCGACCAAAAGGGUGUUAUUCAUACUUUAAUUGGAAAUCAUGGACACCAGAACCACUGGAUUCCUAUACCCUGUCAAGGAGCCAUAUCUGCUAGUCAGGCUCAACUACAGUGGCCAACUGGCUUAGCACUUAGUCCCCUGGAUGGAGCCAUCCACUUCAUAGAUGACAGACUAAUAUUAAAACUAUCUCCAGAAAUGAAAGUUUCUGUUGUAGCUGGCAAACCCUUACAUUGUCAUAAAAAUGAAAAUAUAACUGGGGAAAACAAUGAAUUAGGUACAGUUCUUGCGUUGGCCUUUAACCCCAACGGUGAACUCUACAUAGCCGAGUCAGAUACUCGAAACACAUAUUACGUACGGCUCAUAGACACCGCCGGAAAAAUCACCCAUUUCGCUGGGAAAUUACAGCCGAAAGACAGGAAAUGUCAAUGUGCCAUAAACGCGACUACCGCGAAUCCUGUAAGGAACAGCAGGGAGUUGCAGCAGGAGUGUCUUUGCCCCCCGCCCGACGAUACUACAAAUAAUGCGGAAACGUUGCUUUCGUCCAACGCGGUGUUCCAGACCAUUUCCGCCAUUGGCGUUUCGCCUGGUGGGGUUUUAUAUAUUGCAGAUCAAGGCUCUCUGCACAUACUAGCCUUAGAACAUUAUCUCCCAACUCAUGACGAAAAUGGAGAGUUUCGAAUCCCGUAUCCAUCAUCAGGAGAAGUCUACGUUUUUAACCGAUACGGCCAACAUGUCGCCACCAAAGACCUAGCCAGUGACAAAACGAGAUACUCAUUCCUUUACUCUAAAAACACCAGUUUUGGAAAAUUAUCUACUGUCACCGAUAGUUCUGGAAAUAAGAUUCAGUUCUUAAGGGAUUACUCAAAUGCAGUUAGUUCGAUAGAAAACACGCAAGACCACAAGUCUGAACUAAAGAUGUCAGGGAUGGGAUACUUAUCGAAACUCAGCGAAAAGGGUCGUUCGGAGAUUGAAUUGGAUUACGACCAAAAUACCGGACUAUUACUUAGUCGCAGCGGGGGUGGAGAUACGAUAAUCUAUCAAUACGAUGGCAUGGGCCGCGCGACAGGUGUAAUUCUACCAAGCGGCGAGACAUUACAAUUAAAUUCGAAAAUGUCAACAGAGGGGCUUGAAGUAUCCGUCAGUCAACCCCCGACAACCCUAAAUAUAAACGGAAAUGCUAACAAGCAAGUCAUCCUGAUUGAUGGUGCAGAAAUCACCAAAGCAAUUACCCUCACCAAUUCUACCGUAGCCCUUAGAACACCCUCCGAGAGUACACUGGAAAUUUGUGCAGUAGAACGUCACCCCUUACUAGAAGCAUCUCUUCCUAUAGAAGCAGAACUUCUUCCUGUAUGGUCCAAACAAACCACGACUUUAGGAGAUCAACUAUCCAACGUAAUGUCUACAACAUUCAGUUUAGUUGGAGAUGUUCGAAAUCCUCAGCAAACACUUUAUAGAGAAAUACUUGUAAAUCAUAGCAAGAUUUUGGGUGUCGAGUUUAAUCAGUUUACUAGUAAGGAGACCUUCUUCGAUUCGGAAAAGUUGCCUUUACUGACAGUCACCUAUGAUCCUGCUGGAUUACCUCUGACAUAUACUCCAUAUAAUGGAGCUGAUGUAUUAAAUCUUACAUACGAUAGCUUUAAUAGGAUAGAUGGUUGGAAAUGGGGCGAGUCUCAGCUAAAAUUCAGCUACAAUCGGCACGGUUUAUUAUCCGAAGUGACCAGUCCGCAGGACGGUAUCCAAAUAUUUACAUACGAUGAAACGAAUAUGCUGACGAAAAUUACGCUGGCCAGCCAAAGGAACUUUUUGCUUUCUUAUGAUGACAACGGAGGCUUGAGGCACGUGACUCUACCUAGUGGCACUAAACAUUCGUUUGCUUUACAACCGUCACUUGGUAUUAUAAGAGUUACUUAUACACCACCUGGAAGCACAAGAGCGUACCUACAACACUUCUCAAACUCUGGAAAGCUACUACAAACGGUUUUACCAGGGGAAGGUGUGCGGAUAGUCUAUAGAUACUACAAUAGCGGAAAGCUGAAAGAGGUUGUCCAUGGUGAUGGAAAAUCACUGUACAACUACUCCGAAACAACUGGAUUCCCAAGCCAAGUGAGCCACGUGGAAAAAGACUUAGAAUACCAAUGGGACUAUCAAUACACAAGCAGUUUAUUAACGGAAGAAAGGAUUAGCUUUGGUGCCAAAACGGGACUAAGCAAUGCCAAAUUCACUUAUGCUUAUGACAAUAAUUAUAGACUUACUGGUAUCCAAGGACGUAUUGGUGGUCAGAACUUACCCUUGUAUAAUUUGGCAUAUAAUUUUAAGACCGGAGCCAUUGAACAAAUUGGACCCUUUAAGAUUAUCAAGCUGAAAGCAAACGAAACUCAAGUUUAUGACGGCACAGCCCUAUUUUCCAGUGUUCAAAACUCUAGAUUUUUGGAGGCGAGGAUAGCCCUAACAAUCCAUGGUAUGGAGGUGUUUAAAAUGGAAUUUAAUCAUGACUUACAUGGGAGAAUAUCACAAACUCGCACCUAUACCAAAAAUGUAGGCGUAAACACAUAUACGAACAUUAAAAAUUACACAUGGGAUUGUGAUGGUCAACUUCUGGGUGUGGAAGCUCAGGAACCAUGGGGAUUCAGAUACGAUGAUAAUGGAAAUAUGCUCUCCCUUACUUAUCGGGGAAACACGAUUCCAAUGGAAUAUAAUAGCAUGGAUCGAAUAAUUAAGUUUGGCGAAGGCCAAUAUAAGUACGACAGUAGAGGCUUAGUCGUUCAAAAUGCCAGAGAAGAAAAAUUCCAUUAUAACUCUAAAGGAUUACUUACUAGAGCGACAAAGAAGGGACGUUUUGAUGUGCGAUAUUUCUAUGACCAUAUAGACAGGUUACUUGUUCGUAAAGACAACUUCGGCAACAUAACCCAAUUCUUCUACAAUAAUGACCAACGACCUCAAGAAGUGACACAAAUCUAUUCUCCACGCGAUGGCAAACUGAUGUCUUUAGUUUAUGAUAAUAGGGGACACUUAAUCUAUGCACAAGUUUAUAGACACAAGUACUACAUCGCCACUGACCAAUGCGGAACGCCUGUCAUGAUUUUCAACCAAUACGGUGAAGCUAUUAGGGAAAUUAUGCGGUCUCCAUAUGGACAUAUCGUGUAUGAUUCCAACCCGUAUUUGUACUUGCCGAUUGACUUUUGUGGAGGCAUUUUAGAUCAGGUGACUUCGCUUGUUCACAUGACUAAUGGCAAAGUUUAUGACCCUCUUAUUGGCCAGUGGAUGUCACCCCUUUGGGAGAAUGUCCUUGAGAGGGUGGCCACGCCUACUCAGAUGCAUCUUUAUAGGUUAAAUGGCAAUGAUCCAAUUAAUUUAGGGGUGGACCGAGAUGUUCCAAAAGAUCACAUAGAAUGGCUAAACAGGAUCGGGGUGAAUUUAAAAAGUCUGGCUCCUCAGCUAUUCAUGGAUCAACUUCCUGGAGGUUCAAUGCCUCCCUCUUUAAGUAAUAAAUUUUCAUGGAAGCCAGGUGAGGUGAUAAUGAGUCAAUUGAUUACUGCCUCAAGAUCUACCGAAGCUGAAUCAGGUUUUCUCGCUCAUAUUAACGCAAGAAAAAUGGAGAGCGCUAAACAACUUAGUGUUUAUUUUAAGUCCGCUUUAAAAACUGAUGUAGUUGACUUAGUUCCGAGGAAGAUUGGUGCUUCAUCAGAUCCACCAUUUGGAAAAGGUAUUUUGGUUUCAAAAUCUGAAUCUGGCGAGGCGAUAGUAUCAAGUGUUCCAGCAGCAAACCCUAUAUACAGCGAUGUCUACACGUCGGUCUUUAACAGAUCCUUCUUACUCCCCUUCUUCUUUGUUGUUCAUAGUAACCAGCAAGAUGCUUUCUACUUUAUAAAGAAAGAUAGCUGGAAGAUCAACGAUGAUAAAGCACAACUGAAAAGAUUACAAGGACAAGUCAACACAACUUUCCAUGAAAAUGUUAGGGAAAAUGGUAGUGGGAAUAAUUACUUUGAUGUGAAGAUACAUGGAGCGAAUGUUGUGAUCAAUUUAAGGUAUGGCACAACAAUGGAGAAAGAGAAACAACGGCUUCUCCAUCACGCGAAGCUGUCGGCUAUAAGGAAAGCUUGGCAUAAAGAAAAGGAGGCAUCCAAGAAUGGGUUUUAUGGCAGCAUGGAUUGGUCGCAAUCGGAAAUUGACGAACUUGUUAAGAAUGGUUAUAUAAAUAAUUACGAGGGACAAUAUAUACAUGAUGUGCAACAAUAUCCUGAGCUGGCGGAAGACCCGUACAAUAUUAGAUUUGUAAAGAAACAAACAGAAUCAACGAAAAAAGGACGGCGAAAAAGGGAGACAAGUAGAUGCUCCAGCUCGUGGUGGUUGACUUGGAGUGAAUGCUAGUGCCAUAGUGUAGAAAAAAGACUCGGAACUAGGCGUAAGGUUAUUCAAUUACUAAGUGUGAUGUACCAAAAUUGAAAGAAAUGCUUACCUUUAAAUAGAGUUGUUAAAAAACUGAUCUGUGAAAUAAAAGAUGAUUAAUUUUUAGUUACUUGGGCAAGUGCAAAAAAAGUCAUCUUUUAAGAUCCUUUUCUUAAUGCGUUUACUUUUUAUUUUCUCGACAACUCUGUGAAAUCCUUCUAAAAAAACUUUUUUAGAAAAAGUAUUUUAUACCAAAUAAAACCAAAAAAAAAACAAAGAAAAUACCAAAGUCUAUUUGUGUAAUUUCCAAGAUGCCAAAAAAGUGUGUAUAAUAUUUAUUUACAAUUUGUUACCUAUAUAUGUGAUUUAGUUUGGCACACUCUGUACGAAAUUCACGAGGUUUUUUCCUUUUUUUAUUUUUUUUUAUAUGAAAUAUGAACUUGACUGAUAAACUAUUAUACGGAUGUUCGCACAAAGUGUAUCAAACGCUAAUUUUUGUAUUAUAGAUUAUAUUUUUAGGGUCGGCUAAUGAAGUAGCUAACAAGCAGAAGACAAUAGUUAAAUAUUUCUAAAAAUUGUCGGAAGAUUUAAAAAAACACAAUUUCUUGCCAUGAAAAUUAAAAAAUAGUAUUAACUAUGCUGACUAUACAGAAUAUUACAAAUUGGUGACUACUGGAAUUUUAAAUCAUAUAAUAGGCAUCAGCAGUUCGAUCUAUUGGUGAUGGGAAAACUAUUUGGAAAAGUUUGGUGACAUAGUGCACUCAGUGGCAACAGCGCAUCAAAAAGUGUGAUUUUGAAUACUUUUAAUACACAAAAAACGAAAUGGUGAAAUGACUGCCAUAUUCCUCAUGAAUUCCGCUUUUUGAUUAAAUUUCUGGAUUAAUCUGAAAAAGAAAAUUUAAGACCAUUGAAACUGGAUACAUUGUCUUGGAAAAAAUAAUUUUUUUCUUAUUUAUACGUCAUAUUUAUCGAAGUUUAUUUUUAUAGUACCAAUGUUUCGGAUUCAAAAUUUUAAACACAGAUUGGCAAACAGAAUUCCUCUUAUAAGUCUGUAUACGAAUUUUUUUAUUUAAAAGAUUGUCGGUUUUUCCAUCUAUGAAUUUCCCCUUCCAUAGUUGAUUAAGCAGAUGUAAUACAUUUGCUUUUAUCUGUUUACCUAAUACCAUAAAACCCAAACGGCACAUUGAAACUAUUUUAAGUAUUAUCUCCUCCUGUUUUCUUGGACACUUAGACAAUUCAAAAUAUUUGAUAAAUCUAAAACACAGAUUCACAUCCCCGAAUUGUUAUACACAUUACUAUUGUGGUUGGCUAGGGUUAGAAGAUAUUACAGAUAAUGCUGUACAAUUUGUUUUAGCUCUCUGUGAAGACAGUGAUAUUUUUAUUGAAAUACGUGAUUAAGAGACAUGUCAAAUUUUAAGUAUUAGCCAACAAUUACGCUGACAAAAAACUGUGCCUCAGAUAGUCCCAUUAACAGAUGGAAGUUUUGCUUAGACAAUACUAUUUAAACCAGAAAAAGACUUAUCCUUACAACUUAAAUAUGCAUUCGACAUACAGUAGAGCGCCGAUUAUCCGAAACAAUUGGUGCAGAGGGUGUACGGAUAAUCGAUUUUUCGGAUAAACGAUAUUUGCGAAAUUCCAGUUCUUUGUUGAGGGUAGGGUAAUAAAACCCGUCAUUGGAUUAGGAAUAUGGGUAGGAUAUUAUGUAUGUAAUGCUUUUUAAUGAUACACUAGAGUACAAUACAUAUUAUGAAUAGACACAUACACAUUAGAGUACGCAUUGCACAUACGGUACAUAAAUACGUAUGUCUAAACAUUUUUUAGUUAAGUGACUUAGAUGUGAUAAUAGUACAAAACUAAUCUAAAAAAAAGUCGAACAUAUUUGUUUGCUUAAGUUUUGAGACUCGUUUUUUUGCCGCCAAAUCUCUUAGGCGUUUUAAAGACAGCAACUGCACAGAAUUGCAUUCGUCUUGGUGUUCCAACCAUUUAAUAGCAGUCUCAAAGCAUUUAAAGGCUUUUUCAUUGGACGGACAUUUUUCAGCUGAGACGAUGUCAUCACUAAUUUCGUCUUCAUCGUCGUCAUUUUCAAUCGAACUUGAACCUGUGCUAUUAUAUCGUCGUCUGUCAGCAAUUCGUAGCCAGGAUCUUUCUCGUCAAAUUUUAGCCAUUCAUGCAUUUUUCUUGGUCACAUUCUUCAAAUCCUGAAGCCUCUUUCAUCAACUCAACCAUUUCUGAAACAAAGUUUUCAUUUGUUAGUUUUUCAGAUGUAGGGCUAGCUUCGGAUUCAACUGCUGGACAAAGCUUAUUCCAGGAUUUCUUUAAAGUAGUCGCUUUGACAUUAGCCCACGCUUCUGCUGCCAUGUAAACAGCAUCCUUUAAGUUAAUACCUUUGUAGGUUUCAAGAAUUGUUUUAUCUUCCUCUUGGCCAAUUAGGACACUACGAAGCAACGAUCUUCUGUAGUAACGUUUGAAGGCUUUGGAAAUUUUCCAUCUUCUCUCUCAAGUGAAAGGUUUGAGGGAUGACUUAGAGCAUUAACAAUCACUAAUAAAACAUUUCCAGUGUCUCCAGUUUCUGAUGUUUUUUAACCUCUGGAAUGAAUACAGCAUCACACCACUCGAUAAAUACUUGAGUGUCCAUCCAAGAGUUUUUUUGAUUUUUGUAAAUAAGCGGCAGUUUUUCUAUUCCUUUUUUGCAUGCUUUGAAUCCAGACGCUGCCAUUUCUUUUUUAGAGACAAGGGAUUUGGUCGGCAUUCUCUUCCAGUAUAACCCUCUUUCGUCUGCAUUGUAGAUGUUACUGUCCUUAUAACACUUCUUUACAAGCAAACUCUUAAAACUUUCUUUGAACUUUUCAGCAGCUUCAAUGUCAGCUGACAGCCUUUUCCCUUGAAUAUCUAGGUCUCUAAUUCCGUGUGCCUAGAUUUGAAUCUUUUGAGCCAACCAGUAAAUGCUUUAAAAUCAUUGUUAUCCCCAAGCUUUGCGUUCAUUUCUAAUGCCUUUUUGCAAAUCAAAGGACCAUUUAUUGGUUGACCUUAAGCACGUAUCUGCAUGAACCAUCAGUAAACUGCAGUAUCUAGGUUUUGAUUUUCAUGCAAGUUUCAUUAUUUUUCUAUGCAAGCUUCCAUCUUCGCUGUCCAGCACGCAAGUAAACUUAAUGAUAGAUUCACUGAUUUUUUUUUUUAAUGUCAGUUAUCGUUGAAUUCCCAAAACCAAACUCUCGAGCUAAACUUGAUCCAUUUGCACCUUUUUUAAUGUUAAGUUCCAAAAUUUUAAGUUUGUCAAAAAGACUAAGCAUAACUCGUUUACGUUUUGGCAUUGCAGUCACACAGCACAAAAAAAACAGCACGGACCGUGAAAAGAACACUGAAUAAUUCAAUAGAGAAACAAACUGAUUAAAUGGAUCCAUACUUCUGCGGUCCGCUCGUGUUUUAAUUGAAGACACUCAAAAUGCCAAAAUCAUGAUGGUCCCUUGCGUCACUCUCUGAGUCAUUUCUAUUAAACGUUCCUAUUUCUUUUGUAAUUUUUUAAAAUCUUUAUAUCCGAAAAAGGCGUCAUGUUUCCUUUCGGUUAACCGACGUUUCGGAUGACCGGCUUUCGGAUAAUCGACGCUCUACUGUAUAUGAUUCGUCCAGCAAUGAAUACAUUUGCUGAUUAAAAUCGGUACCCUACUUAGUAAUUCAUAACAAACUAAUGUACAUUUUAAAAGUGUGUAAAUUAGUCUUCAAUAUAGAAAUUUGCGAUUUAAGUUCACUUGUCUGCAAGCGGAAACAUUAUCGAUCUAAGUCAUUAAGGAAAAAAAAGUGCUUAUUAAAAUUGGUUUUCUGUGAGAAGAAGCAUCAACAACGGAACACUUGCGUAGUUUAGUUUUUUAUUUGAACAUUUUUUUAAUUAAUUAUCACAACGAGGAUUGAAGAUUACACACAACUUCUUGAUGAUUCAUCAGUAUAUAAAUUUUUUUAUUUAGAUUCAGCUCUGCAAAUCUGCAAAAAAAACAGCGCUGGUUUAAAUCAUCAAUAUAUAAUAUAAGACAACCCUUUUGGUACCAGCUGUGUCUUCAGGAUUGGAGAAAAUACACAAAACUUUUUCUUAUUGUUUUAUAAAUUAUUCUCUACUUAUACUUAGAAAAUCUGCAUAGCUGCCUGUUUUACUUUCUGGAUUAUUGCUACGCUUGAUUUAGCAUUCCUAAUUAAUUGAAACAUGACAAAAUACUUUUGGGUUCAGUAUGUAUCAUAGAAAUCUGUUUCAGACUCCCCUAUGAAGAAUUUUAAUAAGAGUUUUUACAGAUCUUUUCUUUUAAAAUUGAACUAAAAGCUUUAAAUCAGAAACUUUCUCAUUAUCAUACCCACCAUUUUCUAGUGAUUCUAUACCUAUUAUAAAAGACUCAUAAGAAUCCUAUUUGGAAUUAGUGUUUUUGGAAUAAUUUUAGUUAUUUCAUACCUAUAGUUGGAUGUGUUGUAGUGGACCUAUUAAUUUAUAGUUUUAGUCUUGUUUGGUUCUAUUUUUUUAAAUUUUUCAUGGCAACUAACAUUGUCCAAGCAAAAUUUUAGAAAUAUUUCACUUGUAUAUUUUUAGCACACGGUGUUUUUGCUAUAAGCGAGACGCGAACCCUUAGUGAACGGUAUCAAAAUAAAAAAGAAAAUUGAAAACUAAAUUAUGUAAAUAUAGUCCAGUUAUUAACUUUUUAAUAAUUUUAAAAUUAAAAAAACGAAUUUAUCUUAGAUAGGGAGAGAAUAAAAUUAUUAUUAACCAUAAUAUAAAUAUAUGUUGUAUUGCUUUUUAUUUAUAAAUAAAUAUAUCAUCGUGACUGAUAUGUGUUUUCAAUAAUAUUUAUUAUUAAAUGAAUAGUAUUUUGUUUAUUGGUUUAUUCGGUUAGCAACUUUAAGCUGCGUAUCAGUUGGCACAAAACUACAUAAGUGCAAAAACUUUACAUACUUUACAUUACAUCUAAUAUAGUUACUUAGAAGUAUUGUACAGCUUAUUAUUCAUAGUAGUCGUAUUGCUUCCGAAUAAACUAACAAAUAAACUAUAGCGAAAGAAGUCUUUUAUCUGCUAUGUACCUUGCUAUUUUGUAUCCUCACACUUUUAUUUUACUAGUGAAGAUUUUUUAAAUAUAAAUUUAUAAGAUAACGGAUAUAUUUUUCACUCUGAACCCCUGCCUGCCACAUAGUAUAUCAAAAUAUAAGUGUGCUCUUUGUUAAAACUGGGCAAUGUAAUACCAGGAUAUGUGUAAUUAAUUAUUUACAAUAAUAAGUGUUGAUAUAUGUUAUCAUCAUGAUGACUUAUUUUUGGGAUGACCUGUGUAGUGGUUUUUUGUGUGAUAUAGUGGAAGAUAUGCAUCAUAAUAGAUUUUUAAACCAAACAUACAAAAACAAAAUUUGAUCAAAUAAUAAUUGUAUAUUUUCCUAUAUUUUCCCAAUACACUGGUUGUCCCGAUUAAAUAUGAACUAAUUAAAAUAGUUGCUGGUACUGUUUAUAUUAUUGACUGGUGUUGCUGUUCCUUAUAAAUGUUCUUCAUUUUUAUUUUCCUAAAUGAUCAUUAUUCAUUUCCAUUAAUGUUUACUAAUUGAUCAAUUGUAUAUGUAUCAAUAUUAUUCAUUUAUUCCUGGCCAUUAAUAAAUGUUUCC